AUGAGGGACAGAAGAAGGACGUUCGGCACCUGCACAGCCAAAGCAACGGGAGAGGGAGGAGAGGACCCGGAUAGACUGCCACACAGCCUCGAGCGGAGUGCGCUGAAGGGGAGCCCUUGCCCCACAGAUUCCCCUUCCGACGGAGAUGGAGAUGGAGAUAGGCAGAGCGAGGCGCUAUCCUGGGAAGCGGAAGCCAAUCUGAAGAAGGCUGGGCUCUUGCUUCCUCCCAGCAACAGGGCCUUUCUGUACUGGAAGGGAUCCAUGGGAAGAAAGUCAGCUGUGGCAGCAGUUCCCAGCAAGGCUGUGGGUCUGUCCCCGGUCCCUGCAUCUGUCCCCAUAGGAGAGUGCCCUGCUGCACUGUCCCGAGGUGCCAGGGCAGCUCAGCAGAGGGACUGGCCAGGAGGAGGUCCCAGAGACCCGGACAGCCGCGGAGGACAGUGCUGCAGGGGAGAGCCCUGUGCUUCAGCGUGGCCGGGCCACAUGCAGCUUCGGGAAGCAGGAGUUUCCAAGAGUGACCCGCUAAGGGCUCCUCUCGAGGGGCCAGGCUCUGCCCUGGAACUGUCCUGCGUGUGUCCCCUGCUGCUACCCGAAACACCACACGCCCAUCCUCAAGGCCUCCUGAGGGAUGCUACAAGAUGUGACCACCUUGACCAGCUAAAGCCUGUGCCCUCAGAGCAGACAAGAGAAUACAGGAACAUGCUUUCAAGUAUAAACUGUACCUCCAGUGGUCUGCGGGUAACACUGGGGUUGUUGCCUCUAUGA